AUGAGUGAGACCUUACAGACCCCGGCGGAACGCCGCUACCUGCGGCCCAGCCUACGGUCAGUGACAAUGAUACAACCGAAGACCGGCGAGCGCGUCAAACGAAGCUUCACUCUUCGACGAUCGUCCCACCGCAAUACCGAGUCCACCGAGUUCUUGCUUGCGCCGGGACAAUUCGACCCUGCACGACAUGCAGACUUGGGGAGGAUGGAGAGGCUUUGGGAGGACUUCAAGUCCAGGAUGUGGCAAGCCAUUGCAUAUGCAACGUCCCCCACCGGAGUUGGCAUAUUGAAAUGCUCGUUGGCAUACAUAUUGGGCUCUCUGGCUACCUUUGUCCCUCAAAUCGCCGGUUUACUUGGCAAGAACGAUGGAAAGCAUAUGGUCGCCACCAUCACAGUCUACUUCCAUCCAGCACGGUCGGCUGGCAGCAUGAUCGAAGCUGUCAUACUGGCAUUCGCUGCCUUCACGUAUGCUGCUUUUGUGUCAUUUUCCAGCAUGGCUGUAUCUGCCUGGUUUGGAUACCAGCACCAUCUCAUCAUCGGGCAUGUGAUUGUGCUUAUCGUGUUCUGCGGAGCUGGUCUGGGCCUUGUGGGUUGGACCAAGCAUAAAUUGGGCAGCCCCCUUGUCAAUGUGGCCUGCUCCUUGACUUCACUUGCGUUGAUCACGGUACUGACUAAAGAAGGUGCUGUGCAGAAUGCAACUUUCUCCUACGUGAAGAUCUGGCAAGUGCUGAAGAUGAUCAUUAUGGGAUGUACAGCAUCUGCGGCAGUCGCUCUUCUGGUGCGACCAACAUCAGCGCGAACCGAAUACCGAAACACGUUCAUUCAGUCGACCGAUGCAAUGGCUGAGAACCUUAAUGCCAUCGCCCGAAGCUUUCUCUCCGGCGCCGAGCAAGACUUGAGGAACGAGUCUUUUGUCAAGACAUCGAAUAAAAGCCAGUCGACAUACAAAACACUCGUGAAGAACCUGGGAGAAGCCAAGUUCGAACACUACGUACUGGGUACUGAGCAAGAGUACAAGAUCAGCGCGCGACUUGUGAAGUGCCUCGAGAAGCUGAUCCAGAGCAUCGGUGGGCUGAGGAGUGCGGCAGAAACGCAGUUUACACUGCUUGCCCAGUCCAACACGAACGUUGGCACUCCGUCGGACGGUGUGCAUGCAAACGGCACCGUCGCUUCAUCCAUCUUCUCCGAGCAUACUUUGUCGCAAAGCCCGCCCCAGUUGAAUUCCCCAAGUCUCAGCCAUACAGAAAGACGUACGAGCAUCCUGGCGUCCAUCGAUGAGCUACCUGAGCCUACUACUGGUGAUACUUCUAUGCAACCUUCAGCUGAUGUUUCAGAUGAUGAGUCGACUCAACAAGGCAACCUCUCCAGAUUGCCAAGCUUCGUGCAGUCUAACCUGACACCCGCUGAUAUGUUCUCUGUAUUCAUCGCACACUUGGGGCCGCCAAUGAAAUCACUCACAUAUACCCUGGGCGAAGUGCUCUCAGAGCUUCCUUUUGGACCGGGGCCGGAGUACAAUAUGACCAUCAAUGAACACUUUCGACACAGCCUUGUGGAUGCAAAGGCACUGUUCUCCAACGCUAAACGCGAAGCUCUUGAUGUUGUCUACAAGACCAAGAUACCUUCCAAGACCUCGAGCGCAGCAGUAGCGGCUGAUUUCGAAGAGGUCGCAGCAAGCUGUGGCUAUUUCAGUUCUUCGUUGGAGAACUUCGCCGAAGACAUGGUUGUUUUCCUGGAUGUGCUUGAAGAGCUGAAAACGAACGUCAACCGUUACCCACGACGAAGGAGCUGGUCGUGGCUCAGAUUCUGGCAGAGAGGACGCAAGAACAAGCGAUCAAGCAGCGAAGACACUGAGAACUCGAGUCUGAUUGAUGAGGGUACCAACCAGACACCAGGUGGUUCGCAUGAAAUCCACAAUCCCAUCUACCGCAGGUCUACGCGUGGUGACCCUUACAAGUCUGAGAAAGAGCAACCGCUGUCAUAUCGCACCUGGGUCGCACUGUCUGUUUUUAGGAGAGACGAUCUGAAAUACGCCGUGAAAGUCGGAAUCGGUGCUGUUCUGUACGCCAUGUGGUCGUUCAUACAGCCAACACGAGAAUUGUAUGGCCACUGGCGUGGCGAAUGGGGCCUUCUGUCUUAUAUGCUGGUGUGCUCUAUGACCAUCGGUGCCUCUAACACGACCGGGUUCCAGCGUUUCUUCGGUACCUGCCUUGGAGCUGUCUACGCUAUCGUUGCCUGGAUUGUGGCUGAUGAGAGUCCCUACCUUCUAGGCUUUUUCGGCUGGCUCGUCUCCCUUCUUUGCUUCUAUAUUAUUGUUGGCAAAGGCAAAGGGCCCAUGGGUCGAUUCAUCCUACUCACAUACAACCUGUCUGCGCUAUAUGCCUACUCCCUCUCUGUCAAAGACGAGGAUGAAGAUGACAGUGACGAAGGCGGUAUUUCCCCUGAGAUCUGGGAGAUCGUACUGCAUCGUGUGGUAGCCGUUAUGGUUGGGUGCAUAUGGGGCAUCGUUGUCACUAGGCUCAUCUGGCCUAUCUCAGCACGACGUAAACUCAAGAAGGGUACGUCCCUGCUGUGGCUGAAGAUGGGAUUGAUCUGGAAGCGCGGUCCGCUCAAGACGCUCCUCGAAGCCAACCUAGGCGACACCCACAAACCACACUCUUACAUGAGCGAACGCGAAGAGCUUGAAUUGCGACGUUUCCUCAGUCACUUGGAGACGCUUUGUACCGCUGCCACAUUCGAAUUCGAGCUCAGAGGUCCGUUUCCCACCAAGAGUUUCAAGGUCAUCUUGGGCGCCACAAGCCGCAUACUCGACAGCAUGCACGCUAUGAACGUCAUCAUAUUGAAAGACCUCAAGGCAUCUGAAGGAGAGAAAGAGGUGUUGAAGUAUACAAAGAAGGAAUGGACUGAGCUGAGUUGGCGAAUCAGUCACUUGUUCUCUGUGAUGGCGUCGUCCAUGAAGCUUGCAUAUCCAUUGAAUGAUGUUCUGCCAAACGUCGAGCACACCAGAGAUCGACUUCUUGCGAAAGUAUUCGAUUUCAGGCAGACUGGACUCGGCAAGGUCAUAGCCAAGGAUGAGGACUAUGAGCUGUUGUAUGCUUAUGCAUUGGUAACUGCACAGCUUGCAUACGACCUUGGUAUCAUUGGACAGGAGAUCGAAAAGCUGUACGGCGUGUUGAGUGAAGAGGAUCUCAAGUUGCAAUAA